UUUUGUUUGUGUGCAGGUGUUUUAUAAAUGGCAGCCGUCCACAACAGUGACUCCUGGCUGACAGAGCUGAUCUGUGGCCUCUGUCAGACAGACCAGGACAAUCCUUUCCCUCUGUGGCAGGAUGGACACAUUGGCCUCUGCUUCAACCAGCUCAUCCUUGGAGCCUUGCCUCAUGCUGGGAUGGCAGUUUUCUGUGCCUGUUAUCUUAGCAUGCCAAGAAGUAACCUUUUCCAAACAUCUCCUCCAUGUGGUUGGAUGCUCAGGCUUGUGUCGUCUCUGCUAAUGGCGCUGCUGUUCACUGCAGACAUUGUGUUGGUGAGUGUCCUCCAGCAGGGGGACAUGUACCUGGACGUUCUUACUGACAGCUGUGCAGUCCUGGCCUGGCUGCUCCACAGCGGUGCAAUCAGAGUGCUCCAGAUAACUGGUUUCAGGAGAACCAGAGGACCUGCACUGCUGCUAGUCAUGACUCUUCUGUCAGUGCCCAACCUUGUCUUCACCUUGAUGGUUUACUGUGACAAGAAGGAAUAUUUAAGGCUUACRGAACCUCUUUGCCUGGGAAYACUUGUUCUGGCCUCGGCUCGGAUGCUCCUAUUACUAAUUUACCUCCUGGCAUUUGUUUUCCCCUGCAUCAGUGCUGCUGAAUACACCUUGUACGUUAACGCUGUGGAUGACUCUCCACUUCCUACAGAGAGCACUCAGCUAAACACAGGUGAUAUGGUAGCUGAGGAUGGAAGCAGCUGCCUCUCUKGACUGUURUACCUGUGGCUGAAUCCUCUACUCAAACGAGGACAGCAAGGAAAGCUGGAGAAAACAUCUGAUGUGUAUCACCUUCCCCAGAAGCUUCGGACUGGUGUUGUUUGGCAGCACUUCAGUCAGUGCUGGGAAAUGUGCCGACUGAGGGCGGAACUCAGCAACCAGCAGGAUCAGUGGCCCGGUCCAGUCAGCAGAAGCCUCCUGAAUAGCUCKAGUUACGAGGAGCAACCGUUAGAGCUGGAUGGUAAUGUGGGAUUACUCAGGGUCUUGCACAAAGCAUUUGGGCUGUGGUACUACAURCUUGGCAUUUUAAAAAUUACAGUCAACAUAUGUAGUUUUGCAGGUCCCUUGCUCCUCGGCAGUCUAGUGAACUUCAUUGAGGAACAAGGAGCCCCUGUCAGCAGGGGUGUAUGGUGUGUGCUGGGUCUCUUUGCUUCAACUCUUCUAAGCUCCGUUCUCAGAAACAUUUUUGUCUUUGAAGUGUCAAAGGUGGCGCUGUCAGCUCGUGCCUCUCUUGUGUCGGCCAUUUAUUCCAAAUCCCUGCGAGUUAGCAGCUGCAGCCUGGCUGGCUUUACUUUGGGAGAGGUGGUGAACUUGAUGAGCACUGACACAGACCGUGUGGUCAACUUCUUCAGCAGUUUCCACGAGCUCUGGAGCCUGCCUUUUCGGUUCUCCAUCACCCUCUACCUGCUGUAUCUGCAGGUAGGUGUAGCGUUUCUGGGAGGGCUCUGUGUAGCAUUGGUGCUGAUGCCGUUCAACAAGUUCCUUGCCUCCCGCAUCCUUAGUAACAACAAACACAUGCUGAAGUGCAAAGAUAAUCGUGUUAAGUUGAUGACAGAAAUCCUCUUUGGCAUUCGUGUCAUUAAAUUCUACAACUGGGAGCUCCAUUUUACCCAGAAGGUGACUGAACAUCGGAAACAAGAACUCUCCCAUCUGAAGGCCAUUAAGUACCUGGAUGCCUUGUGUGUCUACACCUGGGCUGCUCUGCCAGUGGUCAUCUCCAUCCUCACUUUUGUCACGUAUGUGUUGCUUGGACAUCAGCUGACUGCAGCCAAGGUGUUCACCACUGUGGCGCUGGUAGGAAUGUUGAUCAUUCCUCUCAAUGCUUUCCCUUGGGUGCUGAACGGCAUUCUGGAGGCCAAAGUAUCUGUGGAACGAAUCCAGCGCUURUUCAAACUGACCAAUCAGGAUCUGCAGGCACACUACACCCUGAUGUCUCAUGAAGACYAUCAGACAUCUGUCCUUUUGAGCCAAGGGACCUUUUCUUGGGAAGGGGCCAACGGCAGUGAAGAGGGAGAGACAGGAAGUAGAGCUGCUAAAGGAAGCCUUCUGCUUCACAAUCUGAACCUACAUGUAACUAAGGGCUCUUUGGUUGUUGUUGUGGGGAAAGUUGGCUGUGGAAAGAGUUCGUUACUUGGUGCCCUCACCGGAGAACUUAAGAGGCUGAGUGGUGUUCUCUAUGUUGCAAACAGAGAGGCUGGUUUUGGUCUGGCCUCUCAGGAGCCYUGGAUCCAGCAUGCAACUGUACGAGACAACAUCCUGUUUGGCAAAGACUAUGAUGCUGCUUUCUACCAAGCUGUGAUUGAGGCCUGUGCACUCUUAGACGACCUCACUGACAAAGACAUCUAUCUGUUGGAUGAUCCACUGGCUGCUGUGGAUACAGAUGUUGCUGAACACCUUAUGAAGAAAUGUAUAAUGGGGCUUCUCAAAGGAAAAACCAGAAUCCUUUGCACACACCGCAUAGAAUUUGUGGACAGAGCUGACUUUGUGGUCCUUAUGGACAACGGAACAAUAAUUACAACAGGAACACCAACAGAGAUCCUCCCCUUGGUAGAGGCUGUUCCAAAGACAGAGAGAAAUGACACCAAAGAAGAACAAAAAGAUACCAUGGAGCAAGAAGAGGAGGGUCCAGGCUCUCUCCCUGAACUCUGUGUGGAUCGUGAUCCUGAUUUGUUGGGUGAAGAACAGAAGCAAGCAGGUGGACUGGCUUGGAGAGUUUAUCAGAGCUACUGGUUGGCUGUGGGUGGAGCACUUGCUGCCUCCAUCUUAAUGUCUCUGAUCCUCAUGCAAGCCUCUAAGAAUGCCUCUGACUGGUGGCUCUCCUACUGGAUCUUAUCACUAAAAAACAACAGCUCCAGCUGCGGAAAUGAUUCUUCUUCAGUUCCUCCUCACCUGCUUCUUUUCUCAACUGGUGGCCUCAUGUCUCCUAUGCCCUCUCUGCACACUUUCCUCUCCAACAACGUGAAUGGGGAUGUCAAGUUUUACCUGACAGUCUAUGGCUCCAUUGCUGCGGCCAACACUGUGUUCACCGCCUUCCGAGCCUUCCUCUUUGCUUACGGAGUCAUCUGUGCUGCAUCUACAAUCCACAACAGGCUUCUGGACCGGAUCUUUAAGACCACAGCCACCUUCUUUGACACCACCCCACUGGGUCGUAUACUAAACCGUUUUUCUUCAGAUUUGUACACCGUGGACGAUAGCCUUCCCUUCAUCCUGAACAUCCUCUUGGCCAACAUCUUCGGCUUGCUUGGUAUGUUAGUUGUAAUCAGUUACGGCUUGCCUUGGGUGUUGAUACCACUUGUCCUCCUGGCCCUGCUCUACUACCACACGCAGCACUUCUACAGACACACCUCUCGAGAGCUGAAGCGCCUGAGCAGCCUCACCCUUUCACCUGUCUAUUCCCAUUUUUCUGAGACAAUUACUGGGCUGGGAACCAUCCGAGCAAGUGGUGGAUCUACCAGGUUUGAGGGGGAAAGUGCCAGACGUCUGGAGCAAAACCAGCGCUGCCUGUUUCUUAGCAGUGCUGCCAUGCAGUGGCUGGACAUCCGCCUGCAGAUGAUAGGUGUUGCUGUAGUGACAGGCCUUGGGGUCAUAGCUGUCAUUCAGCACCACUACAGUUCUGUSGAUCCAGGUCUGGUGGGUCUAUCCCUGUCCUAUGCUCUGUCCAUAACGUUGCUGCUGUCUGGACUCAUAUUCAGUUUCACACAAACUGAAAUGCAGCUGGUGAGCGUGGAGCGAACUGAGGAAUACUCUACUGGUCUUCCAACUGAGCCACAGCAUCUACAUCAACAGCUACCCCCUGCUUGGCCUGAGCAGGGCUCUUUGGAGUUCCACAAUGUGGUUCUGGCGUACAGGGAGGGCCUUCCUAAUGCACUGGAUGGAGUGAGCCUGUUUGUACAACCUGGGGAGAAAAUUGGUAUUGUUGGACGUACAGGUUCUGGCAAGUCCACCAUGUUUCUGGCCUUGUUUCGUAUGGUGGAGCUCAACCAAGGGCAGAUACUCCUGGAUCAGCUGGACAUAAGCACUGUGGGCUUAGCUCAGCUACGGUCCAAGUUGGCUAUUAUACCUCAGGACCCCUUCCUGUUCAGCGGGACCAUCAGAGAGAAUCUAGACCCCUGUGGGAGACACCUGGACCAACAGUUGCUGGACGUCCUUGACCAGUGCCAUCUCACCUCUGUGGUCUGCAGGAUGGGAGGUCUGGAUGCUGAGGUGGGGGAGCGUGGAAAGCGUCUCUCUGCAGGUCAGAGACAGCUGCUGUGUUUAGCUCGAGCUCUGCUGACACAAGCUAAGGUUUUAUGUAUUGAUGAGGCCACAGCCAGCGUGGAUCAGAAGACGGACAGACUUCUACAGAAAACCAUCAGAGAGAAGUUUCGGGACAGGACUGUGCUCACUAUAGCCCACAGAAUCAUCACCAUCAUGGACUGUGACCGUGUGCUUGUAAUGCAUUCUGGGAAGGUGGUGGAGUUUGACACCCCUGCUGCUCUGUGCCAAAGAGAUUACUCAAUCUUCCACAGGCUGGUUGGUGAGCGAGCCGAAUGACAAGWCCAACAGAUUUAAACAGAGGGGAUCCUCUCUGACAAACAGAAGAGAACUGAAGCUGACAACCUGCAGCUGUUUCUGCACUGACCUGCUUCCCUCAUUUAGAACUUUUACUUGACCAGAGACAAUUUAUUUAAAGACAGCUUCAAAUCAAAUAGGACUGUAUGUUUUUACUGUAUAUUUUAUUGUGAAGAAUAAUUAUCUGAUUAUUUCUGUUGUAAAAACAACUCUUCCAAUAAAUGAUCUUUUUCACCAA